AUGGGCGCCGGCCAGAGUUCGGCAACGCAGAGUCCGGAGGAAGUCGGCAAGACCAGCUACUACGAACUGCUGGGCGUGGAGAGGCAAGCCACAGACGAAGAAUUGAAGAAAGCAUAUCGGAAAAAAGCUCUUCAGCUUCACCCGGAUCGCAAUCAUGGGAAUGAAGAGCAGGCCACCACGGUCUUCGCUGAGAUCCAGGCAGCAUAUGAGGUGCUGUCUGACCCGCAGGAGCGAGCUUGGUAUGACUCUCAUGAAAGUGCGAUCUUGCGUGGCGACGACGUAGGUGAUGAUGAUGAGGCUGUACCCACAUAUGAAAACAUACGUGCCACAUCUGCAGACGAUCUGGCUCGUAUAGUAGGCAAGUUCAACAAGAAUGUAGAGUUCACGAAUGCUCCGUCUGGUUUCUUCGGCUUCGUGCGAGAGACAUUCGAGCGACUGGCGAAGGAGGAACAGAUUGCCAGCGGCCUUGCUGGCACAGUGUUUCCAGAGUAUCCAACUUUUGGUCAUAAAGAUGACACAUAUGAGGAUGUGCCCAAGAUUUUCUACAGUGCCUGGACUGGCUUUUCAACAGCAAAGGACUUUUCUUGGAAGGAUCGAUACCGGCUAUCUGAAGCCCCUGACAGAUGGUACCGGCGACGUAUGGAGCAGGAGAAUAAGAGAUUUCGUCAGGACGGUAUCCGCGAGUUCAAUGAUGCCGUGAGAUCGCUUGUAGCGUUCGUGCGAAAGCGUGAUCCUCGUUAUGUGCCGUCAACCCAGACUGAGGCUGACCGGCAAAAGGUCUUGCGUGAUGCAGCUGCCGCACAAGCAGCACGGGCAAGGGCUGAGAACGAAGCCAAGCUCAAUGCUGAAGUCCCAGAGUGGACGCAAUCUCGUGAGCCGGAUCCGCUGGCCGAGAUGGAAGGCACGUUCGACGAGGAGAGCGAAGAGGAGCACGUCUUCGAAUGUGUGGCUUGCAACAAGAUCUUCAAGAGUGAAAAGCAAUGGGAGGCGCACGAGAAGAGCAAAAAGCAUCAGAAAGCUGUCUAUGCACUCCAGAAGAAGAUGCGGAAAGACAAUGCCGACCUGGACUUGAGCGCAGCUAGCAGCGGAGUCGUCACGCCUGAUUUUGAUACGGAGUACGAUGAUGAUGAUCCGGUAGACCGUGCUGAGACAGAGGCUGUAGCAGAUGAGACUCGAGUCACUGGAGAUGAUCAACACGAGGCUGCUGAUCACAAUGACGAAAAGAGCGACAAAGAAGCCGCAGGUGAUAUUAGCCGCGGUCCAGAAGAUCUCUCUGCGGAUCAGGGGGAUGGUGAACAGAAGAGUGCAGAGGCACAUAUAUCAUCCGAGGACUCGGACUCAGCAGACGAAGACUACGCAUCUCCCGAGACAAUUGCAGCCCGCCUUACAUCCUCACAUCUAGAUAGUGGAUUGAGCACGCCAGGUACUACGACAGACGUUGACGAGGGCACUUCGCUAGCGGCGGACGACGCAAGUGAGGCGCCAACAGGCAAGAAGAUGGGCGCAGCAGCUAAGAAGCGAGCGAAGAAGGCUGCUGCGGCCGCUACUGACGAUAGUGAGACGAGUCAACAAUGCGCUGGUUGCGACAAGUCGUACGCCACUAAGACGAGACUAUUCCAGCAUCUCCAGGAUCAUCCUGAGCAUGCUGCCCCCAAGCCCGCGUCUGGGAAGAAGAAGGGGCGAGGCAAGAAAUAA